CCUUCCGAUCCGACUUGCGCGUGGUUCUCUGUCAGCAAGACCCAACAGCGCACGUAUCCGACGGAAACAACAGAAUGAGGUGGAUCAUGGAUGGCGGUUCCUUGACACCUGCAGGCACUGACAUUUCCCUGCGAUUUUGAAAAUAAUGGACCUGAGAUAAGAGACCGCGUUUUUUUAAUGUUUGGAUUUAUCGCAAGACUGGCGAACUUGGAUUCCCAGAGGACCAACCCUCAAUAGUAGGCUGUUUACUUGCCAUCUGCAAGCGUGUCUGACUCGACCACUGGACCGCUUCGCCUUCCCAUUGAAUCCACAGGCGAUAAAACGGGUAUAGUACUGUUGCAGGUGCAAUAUACUGAUUCGUAGAGCAUUCGGGUUUUCAGUGUAGCAAAAUGUUAUUGAAGCUAACCUGCUUUUUCGUGGAGAGUGGGCUACGGUCGGCUAUGCUACAAAUGUAAAUCGCUCUGCUGCAUUCUCAGUGAUCCCCUCCUCUAUGCAUACUGCAGAGGAGGAACAGGGUGUUCGUGCAGUGAACCUGCACGAUGAGACCGGUCCACUGAAUUACGGCUGCAGAACGUGUAAGUUUGAUCAUUAUUGGGUUAUAGCAUAUACAAAAUCACAGUCCAAGGAUUGCAGUGACCAAUUCUGGGAAAAUACUCCGUGGAAUCUUACUAUGUUUUUUUAACAGCAGCUGUUUAUUUGCUGUGCGUGUGACAUUGUUUCAAUUAACCUGUCCACAGCCUAGGAAAAUGGGAAACAGUUUUGCCAACAUAUCAGCUUUUCAGUCCCUUCAUAUUGUAAUGUUGGGGUUGGACUCGGCAGGGAAAACGACUGUUCUUUACCGACUGAAAUUCAACGAGUUUGUCAACACGGUGCCUACAAUCGGUUUUAACACAGAAAAGAUUAAACUGAGCAACGGCACAGCAAAGGGCAUCAGCUGUCAUUUCUGGGACGUCGGGGGACAGGAGAAACUGAGGCCUUUGUGGAAAUCGUACAGCAGAUGCACGGAUGGUAUAAUCUACGUGGUGGACUCCGUGGACGUGGACAGACUAGAAGAAGCCAAAACCGAACUGCACAAAGUCACCAAAUUUGCGGAGAACCAAGGGACUCCCCUUUUGGUCAUUGCAAACAAACAAGAUCUUCCCAAAUCUCUUCCAGUCGCUGAUAUUGAGAAACAGCUGGCGCUCCAGGAGCUUGGUCCGGCCACCGCUUAUCACGUUCAGCCGGCUUGUGCCAUAAUUGGCGAGGGCCUUCACGAGGGUAUGGAUAAACUGUACGAAAUGAUAGUUAAACGAAGAAAAUCUCUUAAGCAAAAGAAGAAGCGAUAACCGCAAGUCAGUGGCACUGUAGCUCAUUUUCAUUCGGGUAGCCUGCAUCACUGUUUCCCCCAAUUAAAAUGUUUACUUUGCAGCGACGUAGCUAUUUCCGUUGCUUUCUGUUUGACGACAAACUCUGCUGCUGUAAACAGACUCCGUAGCGUGCUGCAAAAGAGGAUGUCUCAAAGGGUGCUGGUUUUUUCCAACAAAUUUAACCAAAAACCCGCAUUAACUAGUGACUAAAACAAUGUGAAAGUAAAAAAGAAAAAGAAAGGGCUGGGCCCGUGUUUGUUGCUGCUUCAUCACGGAUUCUAAAUGUAGCUGGACAAUUUAUGGGCUAAAUUAUUAUGGAGUCAAUAUAGCACUGUGACGAUCAUCGAACAUUCCGGGCGUUGCUGUCCUCACUAAAUCUUAACUAACCGAAUGCUUGUUCUUUAUCAAGAAAAUAUUUUUUUUGCACGUUCUCCGGAUGUAGAUCAUGCUGGCUGAAUUCCCUACAACUGCACCUGUAGGCAUUUUGGGAACGAUACCAUGAAACGGUCGGGAUUUGUGUGACACUUUCCGGCGACAGGCCAAGUGAACUGUAUUAUAAUUUAGUUUCACCUCAGUUGUAAACAGAUUUACAUAAAGUAUACAUAUACAUAAAGCAUCUAAAUAUAUUACGAAUAUGGUGACACCAGGAAUAUAUUUUAAACUGUAUAGCGAAGUAUGACUUUAUGUACAGUAAAACCCAAAAUAACCUUUAGGUAUUUUUAAUUAAAAUGUUUUAAAAUAACCUGCCUGAUGUAAUUUAUUGUCAUUGUGGAGAGUGUUUAGCGAUAAUUGGCUUUUGUUCAAAAACUAUGAACUAAUAAAUUGAAAUAUGUUGACACUGACAA